AUGGCGGUGUCUGCAGAGCUGGUUACCGGCGUCGCCGUUUGGCUGCUGCUCAAUCUCCUCGUUCCGCUGCUCGUCAAGCCGACGUCUGGUAAGCCGCCGUUCGGAGAUCCCAUUCAACCCCUUUCCGCCCACCUACCCCCCGCACCGCCCCCGCUCCCCCCUCCCCCCCUCCCCCCCUCCCCUCCCCCUGUCCAUCCCCCUAUGCGCGGAACUCUCUCUCCGCUCAUCCCCCCUGCACUGGCGCUGGCAGCGCGGAGCCAGGAGGAGGGGGAGGGGAGCCUCAGCUACGUGCGCCAAAGCGGGAGUUCCCCCCAACCCUUCCGCCCCUCGCCCCUCUCUCCCCCCUGUCCAUCCCCCCAGUGUGCGGAACUCUCUCUCCGCUCAUCCCCCCUGCACUGGUGCUGGCUUCACGGGGUCAGGAGGAGGGGGGGCUUCAAGCGGAAGCGCAGGGCAAGGGGAGGCGAUUGUGAUAGUAAAGGGGGAGGAAGUGCCCAAAGCGAAUGUGCUAAUAAAGGGGCUGGAGGAGGCUUGGAUAGCAGCGGAGAGGAGAGUCGGGGGGAGAGUGGUGGGAGAAGGGGAGGGGCGGAUGGAGGGGAGAUGAGGGGGAGUAGGGGAGAGGCAGGGGGAAACGAUGGGAGAGCACAGGGCGAAAGGGAGCAAGAAGGGGUUACCCUCACAAGUGGGGUUACAUCCAGCAUAGGGUACAUUCAGAUCCACACCACGUGCUUCAACCCUUGCCCGGAGCGUCUUUGCAUGUACAUUCAGAUCCACACCACGUGCUUCAACCCUUGCCUGGAGCGUCUGCGGUUGCUGCCUGCCAAGUCAGCUACCAAGAGGAUGCUCCGGGCAUGGUUCACAUGGGGCGUCAUAGCAGCAUGCAUCGCCUUCAUACUGGCCUCUCUGGUUCUUCUGUGGGACGGCCUCGUUGCUUCCCUCCUCGUGCCUCUCCUGCGAUACCUGUCCACAUCAUCUCAACACCUAGAAAAGCAGCAGCGCUUUUACCCUCACACCUAUACGCACAACCACUCUUAUUACAAUCACAACCUUUCUACUGUGAACUUUUCGUUCGAAGAUUCCUCCAUUGGCCGCUCUGGAGCGGCGAGUGCUUCGGCAUUCCACGCAGCACAGCAAGCCUUUCAGGAAGUAGCAGAGGCAGCAGCUCCCACUGCUCCUGCAGAGGCAAACCCCUAUCCUGCAAAGCAGGCAUCUACUGCCUCGCUGCACGUGCUUCAGCCUGUGCACAGCAAGCCUUUCAAGAAGUUGCAGAGGCAGCAGCUCCCACUGGCGACUUUUGAGUCGACUCAAAAGUCACCUCUGCAGCAGAGGGAGCAGCUCCCACUGGCCCUGCAGCAGAGGCAGCCCCCAUUGAGUGUCAACAUGCCAUUGGCCGAUCUCGGCUACCUCUUUAUGGCCACGCUUAUCAGUCUGGCGUGGCAUGAGGCAGGGCACGCCGUAGCUGCUGCCGUGGAGGGAGUGCGGGUGCAGCACAUGGCACGGUGGCGUGCUCCUCCUCGCCCUGCUGCUCCCAGGAGCACCCACCACCUUCCAUCCCUCCCUUCUGGCCCAUUUCUUCGUCCUUCCGCCCCAUUCCCCAUUUCUCUGCUCACUACAGGGAGGGCGUGCGAGUGCAGCACGGUGGCGUGCUCCUCCUCGCCCUGCUGCUCCCCGGAGCACACGUCGCCUUCCGUCCCGCUUGCAGUUCAACAUGUAGCUUGCUUCUCUGUUCUUGCUCUCCCCUCUGCCCCCUCGCCUCCUCCCAACCACAGGGAGGGAGUGCGAGUGCAGCACGUGGCAUGCUUCCUCCUCGCCCUGCUCCUCCCCGGAGCACACGUGGCCUUCCAUCCCGCCGACUUCCACUCCCUGCCUCCUGCUCGCCUGCUGAGGGUGCUUUCCGCUGGCAUCUGGCACAACAUAGUUCUGUCUCUGCUCGCUCUGCUGCUCCUCUCUUCUCCCCUCCAUGGCGGCCCUCUUCCUUCCUUUCUACCCCCUGACCUGACCCUUCCCGUCCCCAUCUUUCCCUACCCCCUGGCCCCACUCCCACCUGUGCAGCUGUCUCUGCUCGCUCUGCUGCUCCUCUCCUCUCCCCUCCAAGCAAUGCUCUUCCUUCCACUCUACUCCCAGUCGCCCCCAGGCCUCAAAGUAAGCUGCGCGUCCUCUUCCCUGCAAUAA